UCCAAUGGCCUUGAACUCCUUUCAUGUUUAUAUUUUAUUUGCUUUCAGGAUAUAGUACGUGCAGCUGYUGAGAAAACAACACCACUGUUGCCUGAGCAAGUCAAAAUGCCGAUAACACUUUAUUCCGUUUCCGAUGGACCUCCAUCGCUGGCAGUAAGACAAUGUUUGAAAGUGUUAAACGUCGAAUUUAAUCUUGUAAAUGUUGAUUUUGGAUUAGGAGAACACAUGACUGAAGAAUACGCAAAGAAAAAUCCACAAAAAGAGAUUCCAGUGCUAGACGACAAUGGGUUUUACCUUGGAGAAAGCAAUGCCAUUCUUCAGUAUUUGGCCGACAAAUACGCAAAGGACGAUAAACUUUACCCUAAAGAUUUACAAACUAGAGCCAUCGUGAAUCACCGCUUGUGUUUCAACCUUUCCACUUACUACCGUUACAUUUCCGAGUAUGUGAUGGCCCCAAUAUUUUUCGAUUACGCCCGCACUCCCCUAACUCUGAAAAAGGUCCACAUMGCUUUGGACAAYUUCAACACGUAUUUGCAGCGACUUGGCACGAAAUAUGCAGCUGCAGAUCACAUAACCAUCGCUGAUUUCCAAUUGGUGACAGCAACGAUGUGCCUGGAAGCCAUCAACUUUGAUUUCUCUUCAUACCCUCUGGUYACGAAGUGGUAUACCACUUACAAGAAGGAAUACCCGGAAUUGUGGGCCAUUGUGGAAGGGGGAAUGAAGGAAAUAAGCGCGUUUGAGAAAAAUCCCCCGGAUUUGAGUCACAUGAACMAUCCGAUUCAUCCAAUCAGAAGACAUUAAUUCUUGUUACCUGGUUUUGUAUUCUCUUUGAAUAAAAAUAAACAUUGCAUCACGUUUA